CUGGAGAGUGGAAAGAACUGGAGGCAGGAGGCCCCCCCCAGCCCAAUCUUGCUCCCCCAAGUUCCCAGAGAUCUCAGGGCAGAAGGCCCAGACGGCCUCUGGAGUUGUUGCCUGGUUCGACCAUGGACUGGCAGUGGCUGUGGCUGUGGCUGGGUUUCUUAUUCCCUAUGGCGGUCUCAGGCCGGGCCCUGGGGCCUGCAGGGAAAGAGACAGCAGUGGAUUACCUCUUGCAAUAUGGGUACCUGCAGAAGCCUCUAGAAGGACCUGAUGACUUCAGGCCAGAAGAUAUUAUGGAGGCUCUGAGAGCUUUUCAGGAAGCAUCUGAGCUGCCAGUCUCAGGUCAGCUGGAUGAUGCCACAAGGGCCCGCAUGGGGCAGCCCCGUUGUGGCCUGGAGGACCCCUUCAACCAGAAGACCCUUAAAUACCUCCUGCUUGGCCGCUGGAGAAAGAAGCACCUGACCUUCCGCAUCUUGAACCUGCCUUCCACCCUUCCACCCCACACAGCCCGGGCUGCCCUGCUUCAAGCCUUCCAGUACUGGAGCAAUGUGGCCCCCCUGACCUUCCGGGAGGUACAGGCUGGCUUCGCGGACAUCCGCCUCUCCUUCCAUGGCCGUCAGACACCAUACUGCUCCAAUUCCUUUGAUGGGCCUGGGAGGGUCCUGGCCCAUGCUGACAUCCCAGAGCUGGGCAGUGUGCACUUUGAUGAAGAUGAACUCUGGACUGAGAGGACUUACCGAGGGGUGAAUCUGCGCAUCAUUGCAGCCCACGAACUGGGCCAUGCCCUGGGGCUUGGGCACUCUCGAUAUACCCAGGCCCUCAUGGCCCCUGUCUAUGCUGGCUACCGGCCCCACUUCAAACUGCACCCAGAUGAUGUGGCAGGGAUUCAGGCUCUCUACGGGAAGAAGAACCCAGAGAUAGAAGAUGAGGAAGAAGAGAUGGAGCUCCCCACUGUACCACAUGUACCCACAGAACCCAGUCCCAUGCCAGACCCCUGCAGUGGUGAACUGGAUGCCAUGAUGUUGGGGCCCCGCGGGAAGACUUAUGCCUUCAAGGGGAACUACGUGUGGAUAGUGACUGAUUCAGGGCUGGGUCCCUUGUUCCAAGUGUCUGCCCUUUGGGAGGGGCUCCCAGGAAACCUAGAUGCUGCUGUCUACUCUCCUCGAACACAAUGGAUUCACUUCUUUAAGGGAGACAAGGUGUGGCGCUAUAUUAAUUUCAAGAUGUCUCCUGGCUUCCCCAAGAAGCUGAACAGGGUAGAACCCAACCUGGAUGCAGCUCUCUAUUGGCCUUUCAACCAAAAGGUGUUCCUCUUUAAGGGCUCCGGGUACUGGCAGUGGGAUGAGCUGGCCCGAACUGACUUCAGCCACUACCCUAAACCAAUCAAAGGCUUGUUUACGGGAGCGCCAAACCAGCCCUCUGCUGCUAUGAGCUGGCGGGAUGGCCAGGUCUAUUUCUUCAAGGGUAAACAAUACUGGCGCCUCAACAGGCAGCUUCGAGGAGAGAAAGGCUAUCCCAGAGAUACUGCCCACCACUGGAUGCACUGUCAUCCCCAGACCUCAGACCCCACUCUGUCAGGUGGAGAUGCCACUUCUUUAUCCUCAGGCACUGACCACUCUGCCAUAGGAACCACCUUGGGUUCCACUUUCUCAGCCACAGGUACCACCUUGAACACUGACCACCCACCCAGAGAUCCUGUCUUGGACAUUAGCCCCUCAGCCACAGGCUCUCCCACCCUUUCAUUCCCUGGUAAUGUCACCGGCCAGGAGGCCUGAGAGGAGUCAAAUGUCUGUUCCCUAGCCUGCGAGGGUGCGUCAGGGGGAAUGAACAAUAGACUUCAGGGCUUGAAAGGUCCCAGCUCAGGCCACCACUCCUCUGUGCUCUUGCCCUCCUGGGCAGUGACUCCUUAACUCUGGGUCAGCUCCCAACUCUAUACAUUCCUUCGCUCAUCCUACAUGGCACCUUCCAACUGUGUUAUCUACUGUCUGGAAGACAGCAGUAGAAGGAAGACAUCCCUCGGGACACGGCCUGAAAAUGGCAUGGCCAGUAAAAUGAGCAAGGGCUUUGGAACCCUUUAAGAAUCACAUUUACUUGCUUAUGACUUUGGGCAAGUUAAUUAACCUCAUUGAACCUCAGAUUCCCCAUCUGCUCAAUAAGGUUAAUACUAGUCCCGCAGGGUGUUUGCAUUAAAUGAAAUACUUUUUGUGAAGAGCAGGGCACAAUGUCUGGCACAUUUGUGCUUAAUAAAGGCUAACUCCAUGUUCAUUAAAGAGGACUGAACAGCU